AUGGUGACGACGGUAGGGAUGCCCUCAGAAGAAUUUGAAAAUGGCAGAACUUCCGACCCAAAGAAGGAUGAGGAGGAGCAACUGGGUGAGUCGGAGCUGAGUGAGGAGCAGAUGGCUAUACUUCCGGAACAGCUCAUCACCGAUAUACUUUCUCUACUACCCGUCAAGUCCCUGUUACGUUUUCAGUGCGUUUCAAAGCCAUGGUUUGCUCUAAUCCACGACCCAUAUUUCAUCAACUUGUAUUUCGAGAACAACAACAACAACAGAGAAUUAAGUUUCAUUGUGGAGACAUCUAAGCACGAGCUGUCUCCUCUUAGGCGAUGGAAAUAUGAUUACCACUUGGUAAAUUUUUCCAAUGAGGAUGAGUCGAUGAGCGAGCCCCUGAAGAUCAUCCCACCAUUCUUUCGUCCACACAACCUCGUGAUAGGCUGUUGCAACAGCUUAGUUUGCAUCCUCAACUAUGAUGACAUGUUUUCCACCUACGAUGGUUUUGACAUUGUUAUUUGGAAUCCAUCAAUCAAAAAAUACAAGAGAUUACCUUUUGAGCAUAUAGAGCCUGCUAUAGAGCCUAACCCCCAGAUCGAGCAAUCGUUAGCAUUCGGGUAUGAUCCAGUCAACAAUGAUUACAAGGUUUUAAUGAUAGUAUUUGUGACUAAUGAGGGUUAUGGUAGGAAGCCCUUAGAAACUAUGGUAUAUAGUAUGAAAGCACAUUCUUGGAGAAGAGCAGAAGAUCAAUGGCCUUGCAAGGAUUCAAAUAUUUGGAGUGGGCCAGCUUUCUCAAACCCAGCUUUUCAUUGGUUGAUUAAAAGUACUACAUCAAUGACCCUUCUAGCAUUCAAUCUCACUACCGAGAAAUUCAGAGUGCUACCGAUUCCGUUCAAGUCUUAUUCGAUUAGGGUUUUGGAAGGAUCACUUUGUGUUUCUGUAAAUACUAAGGAUCAAGACGUUGGCUCACAACACAUUAAUGUUUAG